CCCACCACAACAAUCUAAAGUAAAGUUGUAUCGUUUCUUAUCUACAUAAUACACACUUGCGAUUCUAACCAAAGAAAAUAAAAGUGGAAAAGAAAUGGGCGUGGUAAUCAUCGACGGAUCCACGGUGAGAGCGUUCGUGGCAGACGAGGAAGAGUUCAAGAAGAGCGUGGACGAGAGUUUCGCCUCUCUUGACCUCAACAACGACGGCGUACUCUCCAGAUCGGAGCUCCGCAAGGCCUUCGAGUCACUCCGCCUCCUCGAGUCCCACUUCGGCGUGGACGUCGUCACUCCUCCCGAACAGCUCACUCAGCUUUACAAUUCCAUCUUCGAGAGGUUCGAUUGCGACGGCAGCGGCACCGUUGACCCCCAGGAGUUCAGAUCUGAGAUGAAGAAGAUUUUGCUUGCUAUUGCUGAUGGGUUGGGCUCUUGCCCUAUCCAGAUGGUUCUUGAAGAUGAUGACAAUAGUUUUCUGAAGAAAGCUUCUGAUCUUGAAGCUGCUAAGCUUGAAUCCAGCCACACUAAAGCCACCUGAAUUAUGUGCCAGGUUUCUAUCCUUCAAUUUACGUUUA